AUGUCGGACCCCACAUACACCGAGGUCACAGCCGAGAAUGUCGCCGAAGUCCUCAGGGAUGACACGAAGGUGAAAGUGGCAGGCGUGGAUAUAGAUGGUAUUCUGCGUGGUAAACUGAUGAAAAAGGAUAAGUUUUUGUCCGUCGUCACUGAGGGGUUUGGAUUCUGCUCCGUUAUCUUCGGCUGGGAUCAACAUGAUGCGACGUAUUACAAGGAGCUGGCCAUCAGCAAUAAAGAAAACGGAUAUCGCGACCUUGUCGCUGUUCCAGACCUCCGCAGUUUCCGUCGCAUUCCAUGGGAGAAUAAUGUGCCCUUCUUCCUCGUCAGUUUCCUGGAUCCAGACACGAGGGAGCCGGUGUGCGCCUGUCCACGAGGAUUGAUGAAGACCGCAGCUGCCAAAGCCGAGGCGGCAGGGUAUCGGGCCAUGGCAGGAGACUCGUUCUAUCCAGCUGAAUAUGAGUUCUACCAAUUCCGCACUCCGGGUGAUCAUGUCAGUCCUGAGCGGGCAGCAUCUGCGACAGCUGGUUUCCUCAAGUCAAAUCCAGCGGAUGCAUUGCCUUCGAUAACUGAAGGCAUGUUUGGCUAUUCCAUCACGCGUCCCCUCCACAAUCAAGAUUACUAUUAUGGCAUAUUCGACGCCUGCGAGAAGUUCCGAUGCGACAUCGAGGGGUGGCAUACCGAGAGUGGACCCGGUGUCUUUGAGGCUGCAUUACAAUUCGGCGAAGCAAAGGAUAUGGCCGAUAAGGCAGGGUUGUUCAAAUACGUCGUCAAAGCAUACGGAAUCAAGCAUGGCAUCACCCCAUGCUUCAUGGCUAAACCCCGACAAGGCCUGCCGGGAAACAGUGGACACAUGCACAUCUCACUCGUCACCGCAGAUGGAAAGAACGCCUUCAUUCGCGAUUCACCCGAUCCAUCCCCGCUCUACCCCGACAUCGCUCAUCUCUCCGAUCUGGGUCGACACUUCCUGGCUGGUCUUCUCGUCGGUCUCCCGGACAUCAUGCCGAUCUUGGCCCCGACCAUCAAUUCCUACAAACGACUGGUGGAAAACUUCUGGGCGCCUGUCACGGUCUCGUGGGGUCUGGAGCACCGAGCUGCCUCUAUCCGCCUGAUCACUCCCCCAACAGCAAGCGCCAAAGCGACUCGAUUCGAGGUACGCGUGCCGGGUGCGGAUACCAAUGCGCAUCUUGUCCUGGCGGCUAUUCUGGCAUUGGGAUGGCGAGGAGUGGAACAGAAGCUCGAGAUUCCCGUGCCGCCUCUAGCCCGCGGUGAAGACAUGGGUGGCGCCAGCGACCAGGGUGCGCGGUUGGCCAAGUCUUUGAAGGAGGCAAUUGUUACAUUUGCACGACCGGGGAGUGUCGCACGGGAGGUGUUUGGCGAUUCAUUCGUUGAUCACUUCGCUGGGACUCGGGAACACGAGGUGCGCUUGUGGGAAGAGGCGGUUACUGAUUGGGAAUUGAAGCGGUACAUUGAGACCGUGUAA